AUGCAUGGUCUUACUUAUUCCUCACAACCACGUAGAGCCCUCGCGAGUGUUCGCGUUCCGGAAGUGCAUGUCCCUCGCCGCACGCCGUCGUCCCUCGCCGCACGCCGUCGUCCCCGUCUCCGCCGCCACCGCCGCCCGCGGAGCCGGAGGAGGCGGAGCUGGCGCUGUCCCGGAGCCCGAGCUGAGUGGCAGCCGAGGAGGCGGCGCGGCGGGCCCGGCGGCCGAAGGUCUGGCGGAGAGGCUGACAGGUGGCGCCGGCAGCGCGGGGACAGCGGCGCCGUGGGGUGGGCGCUCCCGGCCACAGGCGUUCACUCCAUGCGUGCGGGCCGAGCCCGGCCCCUGCGAGCCGCCGACAUGAAAAAAGACGUGCGGAUCCUGCUGGUGGGAGAACCUAGAGUUGGAAAAACGUCACUGAUUAUGUCUCUGGUCAGUGAAGAAUUUCCAGAAGAGGUUCCUCCUCGGGCAGAAGAAAUCACCAUUCCAGCUGAUGUCACCCCAGAGAGAGUUCCAACACACAUUGUAGAUUAUUCAGAAGCAGAACAGAGUGAUGAACAACUUCAUCAAGAAAUAUCACAGGCCAAUGUCAUCUGCAUAGUUUAUGCUGUUAACAACAAACAUUCUAUUGAUAAGGUUACAAGUCGAUGGAUUCCUCUCAUAAAUGAAAGAACAGACAAAGACAGCAGGCUGCCUUUGAUAUUGGUUGGGAACAAAUCUGAUCUGGUGGAAUAUAGUAGUAUGGAGACCAUCCUUCCUAUUAUGAACCAAUAUACAGAAAUAGAAACCUGUGUGGAGUGUUCAGCAAAAAACCUGAAGAACAUAUCAGAGCUCUUUUACUAUGCACAGAAAGCUGUUCUUCAUCCUACAGGACCUCUGUACUGCCCAGAGGAGAAGGAGGUAACCAACCAAUAAACUGUGUUUUUAGGGACUGGAAUAUAGACAGAGUAACUGAAAUAGGACAG